AUGCUCAAAGAGUCACCAUUCGUCGCUAUCUUCUCGAACAAUCGGAGGCAGGAGGAUCUAAAAAAAGAAGCCACACCCGUCGGCCCCAAAGGCAAAACUUCGAGGGUGAAGAACUCAACAGGUACACUUUGCAACCGACUCCAUGUGUCAACGACUACCGAAAAAAACUGCAGCAACACAACCGAGAGCGAUAUUGUCGCCACAACACAUUCUUCUAUAGUUACAGUGACAACAUCCUCCUCUGAACUUGCUAAACUGAUGUUCACUGAACUGGACGCCUUCAAUGUCCAAGACGAUAGGGGCUCGAAAAAAAGCAACAUUACUGCCGAACUAGUGACCAUUCUUAAACUGCCCAUUAAAGGAAAGGAAGAAUUUUCUGUGUUCACAUUCUCAGUGCAGAACCUGCUACCGUGUCCCGUCACGCACUACAACUUCCUCGGAAUUCAAAAGCUUGAAGGAGUCUUCAUCCUUUUCGUCAAGGCUCCUCAGUUCCUAACAAGCAAUAUGAAAGUUGCCAGCUUCAUAAGAAAACUCUGCAAUUCAAACUUCUUAUCUACUGUAUCCAAAAAAUUUAACAAUUAG